AUGUCAAUUGAAAAAGAUAUUCCUGCGAUUUUCUUGAGUCAACUUUCCCCAAGAGCCAUUGAGACUAUUGGGAAGGUUCAGCAAUUUGUUGAUACCAAUUGCGUGCCAGCAGAUCCAAUUUUUCAUUCUCAACUUAGUACUAAUCCUGAGUUAAGAUGGAAGCUGACACCUGAAAUUAUGGACAAGUUGAAGCUCAAGGCUCAAGAAGAGGGCUUGUGGAACUUAUUUUUGAAUAAGAGAUACGCCGAGGGCCCAGGGUACACUAAUUUAGAAUAUGGGCUUAUGGCCUUUUAUAUGGGUAGGUGUUUCACUGCACCUGAAGCAACGAAUUGUAAUGCUCCUGAUACCGGGAACAUGGAACUUUUGGCAAGAUUUGGUACCCCAUAUCAAAAGAAACAAUGGUUGCAACCACUUUUGGAUGGGAAGAUCCGGUCAGCUUUCCUUAUGACCGAAAAGGGUGUAAGUUCAUCCAAUGCUUUAAACAUUUCAACUACAGCUAUCAGAAAUAGUAAGGGGAAUUUUGUAUUGAAUGGCGUCAAAUGGUUUGCUCUGGGAGCUGGUGAUCCUCGAUGCUCUGUUUGGUUAGUUAUGUGCAAGACAUCGGAAGAUGCAGCUGUUAGAUACAGAAAUCAUUCUGUAUUGGUAUUGGAUGCUAAAAAGGCUAUAGCCUCAGGUAAGGCUAAAGUCAUUCGUCCAUUAACUGUCUAUGGAUAUGAUGAUGCUCCUCAUGGUCAUUGUGAGAUUGAGUUCAAUGAUUACGUAAUCGAUGAUGAGGAAAUGGAACAUUGCAUACUUGCAGCCGAGUCUCGAGGGUUCGAGUUGAUCCAAUCUCGGUUAGGCCCGGGUAGAAUCCAUCAUUGUAUGAGAUUAAUUGGAGCUGCUGAAUAUGCUAUGCUUAAAGUUGUUCAAAGAGCAAACACGAGAGAAAUCUUUGGUAAAUUACUUAAAGAUAGAGAAAACUUCAUGAUGGAAUUUGCUCAACAUAAAAUUAAUAUUGAAAGAUGUAAAUUACUUGUUCUUAAUGCUGCUCACAAGAUUGAUAUUAGUUCAACUAAGGACUCGCAAAGAGAAAUCUCAAUUGCAAAGAUUGAAACUCCAAGAACAGUGUUGAAUGUCAUUGAUUGGUGUCUUCAAAUGUAUGGGGCUGAAGGUGUUUCCCAAGACACUCCCUUAUCGUACAUGUGGGCUGCUAAUAGAACCUUGAGAAUUGCUGAUGGUCCAGAUGAAGCCCAUUUGUUCCAAUUGGCAAGAAGAGAAGCAAAGCAGUUCGCGGAAGUUGAUGAAUAUUUCCAAAGAUAUGACCAAAAUUACCAAAGAUUAUUAAAAUUGUGA